AUGGCAGCUUCUAGUGUUGCCACCACCGUCUCCACUGCAGCAGCAUCCGCAUCAACCGUUGCCACAGGUGCCGCUGCUGGAGCGAAAGCAGCCGGAGGUGCUGCCGCCCCUCCCAAGCUCAACUCGACCGCGUUCUUCUUCGAGUACGAUGUCAUCCUCCUCUUCGUUGUCGGCCUCUUCGUGCUCUUGGCGCUCCCGCGCAUGAUCGCGCGCUUCAUGCGCUCCUCCGAGUGGUUCGCCGGCUGCUUCUUUCACUCCGUCAAGAUCCCGCGCCCCUCCAAGUUCACGACCUACCCCGGCGGCUCGGGACUUUCAUUCUCGGAGAAGAUGGUCUCGAGCCGGGCCGACGUCGAGUCGGUGUACUCGCGCUCCGAAGAUAUGCACACCGUGAACAUGGCUGUCGGCUCGGGCGCACCGAAGAACCCCCCGGCGUACAUACCCUCUUGGGCGUCGUUGUUCCCGACGGGCGCGAAGGUCCUGUCGACGAAGAUCAGGCCCGGAUACUCUCUGGGUGUGGUGGUGCUGAUGAUGGGCUACCUUGCGGUGUACAUGUACAGUGCGCUGUUCGACGUGAACCUGUUCACGAGCCCUGCGCGCCUCGGAGACAUAGCGGUCAGUCAGAUGCCGACGCUCUACGUUCUUGCGACGAAGAACAAUGUCUUGGGCACGCUCAUCGGCAAGGGAUACGAAAAGCUCAACUCUCUUCACCGUUUCGUCGGGCGCCUGGUCGUCGGAGCCGUCAACCUUCACGCCCUUGCAUACUUCGCCAAAUGGUCGCAGACGGGAAGCAUCUCGGAACACCUAGAGCCGAACAUCAUCUGCGGCGUCGUCGCGCUCGGGUGCAUGGACGUGCUCUGGCUCUUCUCGCUCAGCGCUGUGCGCCAGACGUACUACAACCUCUUCUAUGUGUCCCACGUCGUCGCCGGUAUCGCCGUCCUUGUCUUCACUGCCUACCACAUGCCGUUUGCCGUCACAUACAUGGAGAUCGCCGGCGCGCUCUAUGGCUUCGACCGUCUCGUGCGGCUCAUCCAGACGCGCAUCACCACCGCGCAUCUCCACGCCAUGCCCGAGCUCGGGGCGACCUGCAUCCAGGUGCCCUCCGUCAACGCCGGGUGGCGUGCGGGUCAGCACGUCCGUCUGCGUGUGCUCUCUACCGGCAUGGGCCCGCUCGGGUGGACUGAGAGCCAUCCGUUCACCAUCGCGAGUGUGAGCAAGCAUCCCAGCGAGGAAGGCCUCGUCUUGAUGGUCAAGAAGGCCGGCGACUGGACGACCAGUCUAUACGGUAUCGCUCAAGAACCUGAUGCGGGCGAAGGGAGCUCUGGUAGCCGCAGGGUCAAGGUCAUGCUCACGGGUCCUUUCGGCGGACCUGGCCACGCCGUCGUGACUAGUUACUCUGGCGCGAUGCUCGUCUCCGGCGGCAGUGGCAUCACGUACGCACUCGCCACCGCCCAGGAGAUCCUGCAGAAGAGCGCGGAGGGCGCCAGCCGCAGUCGGGUCGUCGAGCUCGUCUGGAGCGUCACCGAUCCCGCUGGCUUGAAACCACUCCUUCCUCUCUUCGCCCAGCUCCUCGUCGAUGCGCAGACCACCUACACCUCCCUGCGCAUCUCCGUCUUCUACACGAGGGCCAUCACCUCGCCUGACGUCCUCAAGACCUUCGAGCGCCUCCCGCUCGGACUCACCCUCACCCCCGGCCGUCCGCGCCUGCAGAAGCUGCUCGAGGGCGUCGCAGACCGCACCGCCGGCUCCGGCGGGGUGGACGGCAUGACGGGCGUCGUCGUAGGCGUGUGUGGCCCGCCCGCGCUGGGCGACGAGGUCGGACGUGUCGUCCGCCGCCUCGACCCCAAGCGGCGCAAGGCAGUCGGAGGGGUCGAGUUGCAUUCAGAGUACGUGUUCGCUCUCCUGCGUCGAAGCUUCGCUGACGGGUGCCCCUGA